AUUUGAAAACAGCCUUUGAUUGCCAAUAUGCUGGUAUCUUCGAUGCCAAAUAAGCCAAGACCAAUAGCUUACUAAUUUGAUAGCAUGACACUACAGCUUUGUAAGAAGGGCUGCCCGUGCUCUAAUUUUUAUCGUAUGGAUGAAACUUCUAACUGGUUAGCGAUGGAGACCUGUCAUAGAAUAUAUGCUUUGUCCAGGCUGUGAUCUCAGUCAUCAGUGGGAUUUCUUCUCCUCCCUUAAAGCAUUCUGCUCUGCACAGGAUCGUGUAGCAAGGCUUUUGAUGUUCCUCCUGGAUCAAUACCUGUCUUGUAUCAGUGCUUAGCCGAAGAGCUCGAGUGACUGUCACCUCUGUUCGUGUUUCUGCCGUUUGAUUUGCAGUUUAGAGAGGAUGCUUCUGUUCUGGUCCAAACACAGCGUCUGCUGAGCGUGUGGAUUGUAAGCUGCCCGUGACAAGAUACUAGGAGGAAAAUGAUGGAGGAAUAUGUCCCAGAAACGCAAGGCACGCCAGAGCCAGUCAAUCUGUCGGGCAAUGCCUCUUCCACGUGCCCAGAAAACAGGAGGACGGAUGAAACACCUGGAGCAAAGGACUGCUCAAAUGUCGCUUGUGCUGGAGCUGGUGUCCUGGACAUGGAAUCGAGGUUGUUGCCCUCAGCCCAGGAUCCAUCAGCCACUGACCUGAGCAGCGGUGGGGGCCUGGCAGAAAGACAGGAGCAGCAGCCAGCGCUUGAUGACAGCGGAGGGGCAGACUGCGCUGCCAGUACCUGCUCUGAAAGUAAGGUUGAGGGCUCCACGAAGCCAGGGCGUUUAUCUAGCGAAGAAUUUGAACAAGAUCCAAAAACUAAUCAGGCCGAACAAUCAUUAAUGGAAAUACUGAAGGAGCUAAGGGAGGAAUCUGACUUUGUGAAAAAAUCCAGUGAUAAAAUCUACUCGGAAAGCCCUUAUGACACAGACUGCACAAAGAAGCUUAUUUCCACGAUGCAUCAGACUUCCUCACAGGAUGAUUUGCUGAAGGAAAUAGAGUCUGAACUCCUGUCUACAGAUUUUUCCAAAGAACACAAAUGUCCAAACGGUGUGAGGAAAGGUGAACAUGCCUUGGCUGUGUUUGAAAAAUGCGUGCAAGAUAAAUACCUGGAGCAGGAGCAAACCAUAAAAAAAUUGAUUAAAGAAAAUAAAAAACAUCAAGAACUGAUUUUGGACAUCUGCUCAGAAAAGGACAGCUUAAAAGAUGAACUGAAAAAGCGAACAGAAACAGAGAAGCAGCACCUCAACAUCAUCAAACAGCUAGAAGCAAGAAUAGAAGAGCUUAUUAAAGAAGUGAAAGCUGGUAAAGACAAACUUUUAACCCAAGAUGCAGCAGCCAAAAAUGCUAUUCAACAGUUGCAUAAAGAGAUGGCCUAUCGAAUGGAACAGGCAAAUAAGAAAUGUGAAGAAGCACGCCAUGAAAAGGAAACAAUGGUGAUGAAAUAUGUCCGAGGGGAGAAAGAGUCACUUGACCUCCGAAAGGAAAAGGAGAUACUUGAGAGAAGAGUGCGAGAUGCAAACAAAGAAAUUGAAAAGCAUACUAAUAAAAUCAAACAGCUUUCUCAGGAAAAAGGAAGAUUACACCAGCUCUAUGAAACUAAGGAUGCUGAAGCCACUCGACUCAACAAAGAAAUAGAAAAACUGAAAGAAGAAAUCAAUUCUCAUGUUAUCAAAGUGAAAUGGGCUCAGAACAAAUUGAAAACUGAAAUGGAUUCGCACAGGGAAUCAAAAGAGCGACUCAAAGAUGCAACAACAAAAUUAACUCAAGCAAAAGAAGAAACAGAUCAGAUAAGGAAAAACUGUCAAGAAAUGAUAAAAACCUAUCAGGAGUCGGAAGAAAUUAAAUCAAAUGAAUUGGAUGCAAAGCUCAGAGUAACUAAAGGAGAACUAGAAAAACAAAUGCAGGAAAAAUCUGAUCAUCUGGAGGUGCAUCAUGCAAAAAUAAAAGAAGUGGAAGACUUGAAGAGAACAUUUAAAGAAGGCAUGGAUGAACUUCGAACACUGAGGACAAAGGUGAAGUGUCUAGAGGAUGAGCGCUUAAGAACAGAAGAUGAGUUAUCCAAGUAUAAAGAAAUCAUUAAUAGACAGAAGACUGAAAUUCAGAGUUUGCUGGACAGAGUCAAAACUGUCGAUCGUCUGCAGGAUCAACAUCAGAGAGAUGAACAAGAUAUCAGUGCUUUAAAGGAAGAAGUAGAUGGUCUCAAUUCUCUUAUUGCUGAUCUCCAGAAGGACAUUGAAGGUAGUCGGAAAAGAGAAUCUGAGCUAUUGAUAUUCACUGAAAAAUUAACCAGCAAGAAUGCGCAGCUUCAGUCUGAAAACAAUUCCUUACAGAGCCAGGUGGAUAAGCUUUCUUACAGUGAAAGAGAGCUGCAGAAUCAGGUGGAAUGUGUUCGACAGGCUAAAGAUGACGUGGCCACCAAGUUGCAGAAGGAGGAGGAUCAGCGAAAGCUAGAGGUUGAGACGCUGCAGGCUCAGCUGGCUUCAGAGCAGAAAGAACUAACAGCGCUGAAGACCCACGUGGAUGAACUGAAAGAUGAACUGACUACCCAGAAGCGCAAGCAUGCAGCAAACCUGAAAGAUCUCACGAAACAGCUUCAGCUAGCACGCAGGAAAUUGGAUCAGAUGGAAAACGGUAAUUAUGACAAAGAAGUCAGCAGCAUGGGGAGUCGUUCCAGUUCAUCAGGGUCCCUGAAUGCGCGCAGCAGCAAUGAGGAUCGGUCACCUGAGAACACUGGAUCGUCAGUGGCUGUGGACAGCUUCCCAGAGGUGGACAAGUCUAUCCUGGUUGAGAGAAUCCUGAGGCUACAGAAAGCACAUGCUCGAAAAAAUGAAAAGAUGGAGUUUAUGGAGGAUCACAUUAAACACCUUGUGGAGGAAAUCAGGAAAAAAACUAAAAUUAUUCAGAGUUACAUUUUGCGGGAAGAAGCUGGCACGCUGUCCUCAGAGGCCUCUGACUUCAACAAAGUACACUUGAGUAGACGAGGUGGGAUCAUGGCAUCUCUGUAUACAUCUCAUCCUGCAGACAGCGGUCUCACGUUAGAACUCUCCUUAGAGAUAAACAGAAAGCUGCAGGCUGUGUUAGAAGAUACAUUACUGAAAAAUAUUACACUGAAAGAAAACCUUCAAACUCUAGGAACAGAAAUAGAACGACUUAUUAAACACAAGCACGAACUGGAACAGAGAAUAAAGCAGACAUAACUAAAGCUUCUGUGGAAUAACUGAUACGAAGAUGCAGAAAAGGCAGGUGCUACAGACCACUGUUUUUCUACAUUUUUCCAGAAAUUUGAUUGCCUGCCAGCACAAGCAUCCAGUAUUUUGUAUACACGACCUGUAGUCAUACAGGCUGCUCUUACUCGUGAGAGAGAUAACAGGGUUUGGCAUCAGUGUGGUUCUGUCUACCCAAUACCAGCCUGAGGUGUUGCUGAACUUUCGUACACACUACAUUUAUCUAAAACUUUUAUUUGAAUUGACAUAGAGAUGCUUUGCAGUGCAUACUAUGUUUUCAGUGAGUUGCAGUGAGAUUUUCAUUUCUACACUGUAUAAUUAAUCAGUCUUUUAAUGAUGGAGCUUGAAAAAAUAAAUCAAUUAUGUUUUAAUUGCUGUUGAACAUAUCCAGUGCUACUGAGCUUUAAGGGCUUUCAGAUAUUGUUUCCUUUCUUGCAUAUUACUUCUAAUGAUUAGGUUGAUCGAGCAUUUUUGACAAAUGCAUGGAAAAAUGCUUUGUCACAAAAUUUUUAAGUGAUGACUAUGACAUUGCUUAUUUUCUGCUUUGGAUUAGCAUUUAUUGGGUCAAUUUAUUCAAAAGAAAUGAAACAACAGUAAAACUAAGGGAUUAAGGAACUUUCUGAAUCAAUUAUUGAGUAUGUGCAACAGAAACAUCAAUUCAGCAAAUCCUGUAAACCCCUGAUCUUUAGGUGUGUGGUCUAAAGAAGUCUGAUCUUCGAAAAUUGGUUAAUAAAACUUUGUCUUUUUUUAUAACUAACAAUAUUAAAAAAAAAAAAAAUAAGAGUUAAACUGUCCACUGUUACAUAUGUACAGAUAGACAUUGUGCUUGCAUCUGUUUUCAGAUGAAUGAAAAAUUUUCAGAGACAAAUAGAAGCUUACUAAGUUCUCUCGUUAGCUUUGAAUAGACCAGCCCAUGAAAGUGGUGGUAAGAAAUGGAAAAUAUAUCUAAAUGGGAUUUCAUUCUGUUGGUUGGACUGUAAAAGUGGCAUAGAAACGUGUGUGACUCCUUAAUUUUACUGUUGUGAAGAAUUAAGAUGGUUAAAAUGGCAUGAACUGAGAAUUGUUUAAUCCCUCAGUGUCUGAGAGGGUGACAGCAGAAGAGGAUCAAGGUGACAAGUUCUUAGUCUCACAUCACGUUCACAUUUUAAUUCCAAGAUAAGUAAUUCCCAGGAUCUGAAAUGUGUAUUCCAGCAGUAAAUGCAUUAUCAGUGUGUUUAUUGCCUUCUGACCAAAAUGUAUUUACCAGUUCAGACUGUAAAUACAUACGUUGGGUUUUUCUUAAAUACUUGAACUUCCUAUCAUCAUGAAAAAAAUAUUCAGUGUACAUCUGUAUGCUGGAGCGUACAAGGAGUAGAGUUUAUGAAAGCAUCUAGGUGACUUAGGGGCGUGUACUCCAUUUUCAUGUGCCACUGAGUCACUCGGGCAUUGUAAUGAACCAAACUGAGCCGAAGGGCUCGAUCUGGUUUGUUUGAAUAGUUGGGUGCAAGACAGUGGGAUAGGCACUUCUAAAAGGACUUUACAAGAUCAAGACCUGGUUUGUGGUCCAGAGAGCUGCAGGGGGUCUUUGGAUAGCCGGUCCCUUCAGUGUCAGUGAAGUGUUUGGAAAAGGAGGGUGAAAACGAGUGAUGAAAACCCUGAUGAGCGUCGUAGAAGCUGUGAGCCUUUAAUCUGGGUGGGUUUUAUACAUAUAUGUAUAUUUUUUUUAAACUCCUGAGAACAAUGUUUAUUCAAAACGUUAGGGUAUUUUGACCAGCGCAGUCGUGGGACUACCUCUGCUUUGUUGUUACUUAAGUGAUGUGGAGAGGGAAAUUCCUGCCUCUGCUGAAACAGAUUGUCCCCAACUUCUGGGAAGCUGAGAUUUAACCCCAAGCAAACAGGCAGUUGGUCAUGACUGAGCUGGACCUUCUGCUGAAGGAAAGUAUUGAGAAAGACCAAUUUGCAUGUCGAGACAUAGCUUAGCUUUUGUAUGUUGGCGUUUUCAUGCUUUAACGUACCAGAUCUCUGGAUCUUUUCAGGUGUUCAGCUGAAUGACUCCAGUAUUUUAGAUACGAUGUUAAUAUUGUAAUCAUUUAAUAUAUGUUCUUCAGGUGUACAAUGUGAAUGAAGGAGAGGCGUGGUGCAGAUGGAAUAAGUGCAAUGACAUUGUGGAAAUUCUUAUUUCUUUUUGGCAUGGUUGUUUCUCCAUUUAAGUUAUUUGAGAAACCUAGUUAGUUGCCCUCCUGCCCUGCUGGAAAUGCUGCUUUCCUCUCUGUAGCACUAAAAACUUCCCAGACUUUCCCCCCCCUGGUUAUGGAGACACACAAAGCUGUUGAAAUUUCACUUUGCUUAUUGUGCAUGGUAUUUACGUAGACUAAAGUCAUUGGGAGGCUUUAUUUUAAGCAUACCUGUUAGAGAUAGAAGCUCUGCUGUAGUGGGCACAUUAACAAGAACUCCUGUGGAAAGGUGCUCCUGUGGGAUGGUUCCCACCAUUGAACACCAGUGGGUGCAAGGCUUGGUUUAUUACAUUUCACUUACCCUUGUUCUGAAGACUUUUUAUGUUAUCAGCAAGAGAUUGAAAACUGUCCCCAGAUAAAAUAAAUUUUGCUGAUGAACUGACAGACUAAUUUUGAAGACAGCCUGGAGCAGUGAGCACACAUACCUGUCACUGAAUCUCAGUGUCCAUUAGAUGUGUGAUUGCCACAGGCUCUUCUGCAAGUUCCUAGCUGGUAGCUAGUUGUAUCCCACAGGCUAAAACAUCUGAUUCCUGAACACUCAGGGUGCUCUUUUAAUCCAAACAUCUCACAUCCAGAUGUUCUCAGAGACCCUACAGGAAGGCUGCCGGUGCUUUUCUACCUUCUGUAAAAUCCUGUGCUGUCAUUGUCUAAAGCUAGAUCCUCUCAAAUAAAUAUAUAUAUAUAUUUUUUUUUCUGUAGAAAUCACUGGCUUUCUGCUUCAUAGGCUUGUGCAAUAUUUUUAAUUUCAGUCUCCAGAAUGCAGUGGAGGUCAGUUUGUUCUCAGAUAUUCUCUCAUCUUCUUAACUUGUUGCUGGCAACACCUACAGUCUCUCCAGCUGCUAAAACUGAAGUUAGUCUUUUGAAAUAGCUUUCAUUACAAUAGUUUAGUUCAUAACUAAACAAGACAAUAACAGAUCAGAUCUCUGGCUUCCACUGAACUGAGUGUAAAUGUAAAGCUGCCUGUGUGCUGCAGGGACCCUGCAGGAACCUAGGGAGCGGUUCAGAGCUCGGGGCCUGACAGCCCUCUAGGAAUGGGCUUUGCCCCUUCCAGCUGCCGAUGUGAUGGGAAAUACCAACAGUAGGUGGCACUAGAAAUCAGACUGAUCGUGUCUCCCCAGGCACCUGAAACCCUUCAGAAGGCAGACAGCUGAGCUGCAGAGGGAGUUGGGUGGCAUUUACAGCUUUUCCAAGACGGAUGGCAUUUCCUUCCUGUUUCCAUGUUCAAACUGAAGCUAUGUUAAAUCUUCCAAUAUAUGUAUGUAUGGUGUCCGAAUAUACAGAGUGUCUAUUGAUUUAAUUUUGUAGAUACUUGUUUCUGUAUAAAGUUUUUGAAGAUAUCGCUAUACAUUAUGUAUAUAUUGUACUUUGAAAUAAUAAACCCACAAAUGAGUGAAAG